AUGUCCUCCACUCCCUCCAGCAACCCCUUUGGUGACUCCUUCUCCGACUCCGCCACCCCGAACACCGCCAUCCUCCGCGCCGUCCCCAUCAUCGACCACGUCCCCAUCAAGCUCUCCCACGACUCCGCCAACUACCACGCCUGGAAGACCUACUUCUACCUGCUCUUCCACGAGUACAACCUCCGCGACCACGUUGAUGGCUCUGCCGACCUCCUCAUCAUGGGGCGCGACUCCGAGUGGAUGGCGAUCGACACCACCAUCAUCCGCUGGCUCUUCCUCACCGUCUCGCCGGACAUCUUAAAGACUGUCGUUCGCGAGGGCGAUGACACCCACAUGGGUGAUCAGACUUUGGACGCCUACUGCCUGCGUCUCAAGGCCAUCUCUGAUGGGCUCCAUGACCUCGGGUUCCACAUAUGCGGCGAGCUCCUCCUCUCCACUCUCACCGCCAGCCUCAGCGAGGACAUCGGCAACACCGCCUCCAACCCCACCCUCAUGACCAACCCCACCUUAGAGCACGUCGUCGACUACCUCCGCCUUGAGGAACGGUGCCUCAAGGGUGUUCCCGCCCGCGCCGUCCACUCCGCCCUCGCCACUGGGAUCAGCCAUGGCACUCCGCAGCCACCUCGCCCUCUGAUGCCCAUCGUGCCUCAACAGCAGCCGCAGCAAGGCGACGGCGGCAGCCGCAACCGCCGUCGCGGCCGUGGUGGUGGUCGCGGGGGUGGUCCUCGCCCCGGGUACCCGCAGGCCCUGCCGCCGUGGAGUGGCGGCUACAACCCCUGGACAGGGGUCUUGCACGCCUACACCAUGUCGGUGUCCCACCCUCCUGCCCCCGGCAUCAUCGGCCCAUGUCCGCCGACUCAUCGGGCCUUCUUCACCACGCCGCAGCAAGCCACUGGUGCCCUGCCCUACCGCGACUUCACGCCGUACGCCGCCCCACCACCGGCCGCGCCGGCCCCCUGGGAUCCUGCACUCUACACCGCCCUGGAGUACGCGCCCCCGCUGGGCUCCUACACCGGCAGCGGUGACUGGUUCGUGGACACCGGCGCUUCCGCCCACAUGGCUGCUCACCCGGGACGCCCGUACCCGGAUGGUUCUGCAGCACUGUUAGAUCCCUGA